AUGAAAACGGAGCUUUUNGAGGAUAAGGAGUUGUUUUCAAAUGUAGUGGAUCAGGUGUUCGCUCACAGUGUUCUGAUGUCCGUGUCAACUGAAGGGGACUCGCAAUUAGUUGAGCAAGUCAAAGAACAUCUUCAAGCCAACGGAUUACAAGUUAAACAGGAAAUCAUCUCCAAGAUCCUUCAGCUUCAUACUAGCCUACAAACAAGCCGUAACGUGAUCCUUAUUGGGUGCCCAGGCUCUGGCAAAUCCACCAUAUACACAACGCUAGCAAGCGUGCUCAACGCCAUGAAUAGUCAAACAAGUCAACCAGUUGUAAAACACCGCAGACAGGACAGGAAAAUAAGCACCUCUCUCAGAUCUGCUCCUAAAGUGCCAGUUGAAGAUAUCAAAGAAGUGCUUUGGCCGCGUGUUGAUCUGUCAGUCGUGUUUCCAAAAUCAUUAACUUGUGAAGAGUUGUUUGGAAGACAGAACCCUGACAGCCAUCUGUGGGUUGACGGGCUGGUGUCCAAGUGGCUGCGAGACUCCACGCUGACCUGUGACACCAUGGCAGAACUUCUCACGAGCCAGUCCUCUGAGAAGCAACGUUUCGCUCGGAUGAUGGGUUCCCUGUCUCACGUGAAGAAGUGGUUGGUGCUUGAUGGGCCGAUGGAUGACACGUGGCUGGAAAACAUGGGAACCCUGCUGGAUUCCACAAGAGCACUCAGUUUACCUAAUGGAGAGUCUAUUGUUCAGCCAGAAACUGUGACUCUCUUGUUUGAAGUGACAGACCUCACUCACGUAUCCCCGGCGUUAGUGACUCGCUGUGGCCUUAUCCACUGUCCUGAACCGCUUGUGGGAUGGAAGCCAAUCUUUAGGUCGUGGUUGAAAGGAGCACAUGCCAGAUGGGAAAUAACCAACAGAGGGUAAGUGAAAAGAUUCCUACACUUGCAACUUGCAUUAAAAAAAAAAAAAAUGAAACUCGAUAUCGACAAUUUGCAAGUAGCGCGCGUAAUUGUUUACAUUGCGUGAUCCAAGCACGAAGGAAUAGUUGGAAGAACUGG